CGUGUUGAUCAAGAUAGAAAAUAUCUAUAAAUAGCGGAAGCUCACAACACUUUGUUAUUCACACAAUUCUCCUAUUCUCAUUCUUUCUUCUAAUACGAUCUUAUUUUUUUUCUUUCAAUUCAAUGAUGAAUAUACUUUGUCCAAGUGUUCACAAUUCUGAAAAACUCUCUCAGAGUGUGAAAAAAUUGACCGACUAUGAUGAUGAUCUCUACAAGUUCUACUAUAUUGCAGAGUCUCAAAUCGCUGCAAACUCAAAUGGUUGCAACGUGGAUUCGCAAAUGAGAAAGAAGGUUAUUGAUUGGUUGAUACAAAAACACUAUGAACAAAAGCUCAAUUCAGAAACCCUUUAUCUUUCUAUCAACAUUCUUGAUCGAUUCCUUUCUAAAACCGAAUUUGAAGUCACAACACAGAGCAACUUUGAACUCAUCGGUGUUACAGCGCUGUUGUUGGCGUCUAAGUAUGAACAAAAAAGCGCAGUUGGAGUUUACGACGUCGAAUACAUGGCAGAUUAUGCUUUUACUCCGGAUGAAAUUUGUGAAAUGGAGAAAAUUAUCCUGAAAAAGCUUAAUUGGGUUUUAUCGGUUCCAACUACUUAUGUGUUUCUUGUUAGAAACAUCAGAUCAUGUCUCUUGCCUGAUGAAGAUAGAAGAAUCAUGGAGAAUUUGGCAUCUUUCUUCUCGGAGUUAAGCUUAACACAACAUUCCAUUAUGUGUGACUACAAGCCUUCGAUGAUUGCUGCUUCUGCAAUGUAUUGUGCGAGAGUUGUUGUUGGAAUUUACCCGUUUUGGAACAAUGAUCUGAAGAUUUCUGCAGGAUAUUCAGAACAGAUGCUAUGGCCUUGUGUUAAGGCUAUGAUGGAACUGUGUAAUGACAUUUGUAGAGACGGAACCAUGGAAGUUUUCAAGAAGUUUUCUAGUCUACGUCAAUCUAGGGUUUCGUGUUUGGCUCAAGAAAUUAUUGAGAAAGCUCUUUUAUCUUAGAAUUGUCUGUGACAACUUUCAUGUACUGGAUUUUAAUAUUCAUAAAGUAAUGUAAAUAUUAUUUUCUAUCAUUUAAUAUGUAGAAAGUUUAUUACCAA